AUGUUCUAUUUCCGUUCGUUUAAACCACUUUACAGCCUUUCUUUCUUUCUUUUUUCCUUUUUUCUUUUAAUAUGUUCUACUUCCGUUCGUUUAAACCCCUUUCUAUCUUCUUUCUUCCUUUCUUUCUUUCUUUCUUUUAAUAUUUUCUACUUCCGUUCGUUUAAACCCCUUUACAGCCAUUCUUUCUUUCUUUCUUUCUUUCUUUUAAUAUGUUCUAUUUCCCCUUUCUUUCUUUCUUCCUUUCUUUCUUUCUUCCUUUCUUUCUUUCUUCCUUUCUUUCUUUUAAUAUGUUCUAUUUCCGUUCGUUUAAACCCCUUUCUAUCUUCUUUUCUUUUUUCUUUCUUUUUAAUAUGUUCUACUUCCGUUCGUUUAAACCCCUUUUUACUUUCUUUCUUUUCUUUUUCUUUCUUUCUUUUCUUUCUUCCUUUCCUUUCUUUCUUUCUUUCUUUCUUUCUUUCUUUCUUUCUUUUAAUAUAUUUCUACUUCCGUUUGUUUAAAACCCUUUACAGCCUUUUUAUUUCUUUCUUUUCUUCCUUUUCUUUCUUUCUUUCUUUUAAUAUAUUUCUACUUCCCCUUUCUUUCUUUCUUUCUUUCUUCCUUUCUUUUUCUUUCGUUUUUAAUAUGUUCAUUUACUUCCCCUUUUCUUUUUUUUUUUUUUCUUUCUUUCUUUCUUUCUUCCUUUCUUUCUUUCUUUCUUUUUUAAUAUGUUCUACUUCCGUUCGUUUAAACCCCUUUACAGCCUUUCUUUCUUUUCUUUCUUUCUUUUCUUUUCUUUCUUUCUUCCUUUCUUUCUUUCUUUUUUCUUUUAAUAUGUUCUACUUCCGUUCGUUGAAACCCCUUUUCUAUCUUUUUUUCUUUCUUUCUUUCUUUCUUUUAAUAUAUUUCUACUUCCGUUCCCCUUUCUUUUCUUUCUUUUCUUUCUUUUUUUUUAAUAUGUUCUACUUCCGUUCGUUUAAACCCUUUUUCUAUCUUCUUUUUCUUUCUUUCUUUCUUUUCUUUCUUUCUUUCUUUCUUUCUUUCUUUUCUUUUUCUUUCUUUCUUUUAAUAUGUUCUACUUCCGUUCCCUUUCUUUCUUUCUUUCUUUCUUUCUUUCUUUUUUCUUUCUUUCUUUCUUUCUUUCCUUUCUUUCUUUCUUUUCUUUCUUUAAUAUCUUUCUACUUCCUUUCUUUUUUAAACCCCUUUCUUCUUUCUUUCUUUCUUUCUUUCUUUCUUUUAAUAUGUUCUACUUCCGUUCGUUUAAACCCCUUUCUAUCUUCUUUCUUUCUUUCUUUCUUUCUUUUAAUAUGUUCUACUUCUGUUCGUUUAAACCCGUUUACAGCCUUUCUUUCUUUCUUUCUUUCUUUCUUUCUUUCUUUCUUUCUUUCUUUCUUUCUUUUAAUAUGUUCUACUUCCGUUCGUUUAAACCCCUUUACAGCCUUUCUUUCUUUCUUUCUUUCUUUCUUUCUUUCUUUCUUUCUUUCUUUUUUUAAUAUGUUCUACUUCCGUUCGUUUAAACCCAUUUCUAUCUUUCUUCUUUUUCUUUUUUUCUUUCUUUUUUAA